AUGGCCGAAGUCGGCGAGGACAGCGGCGCCCGCGCCCUUCUGGCGCUGCGCUCCGCUCCCUGCAGCCCUGUGCUGUGCGCCGCGGCCGCGGCCGCCGCCUUCCCGGCCACCGCAUCCCCGCCGCCGCCGGCGCAGCCUCCGCCCGGGCCGCCCGCAGCGCCCGCAGUGCCUGCGGUGCCCGGUCCCGGCCCCAGCCCCGGCCCGGUGCCCUCCACCGACACCACUGCCACCACCGCCGCGCCUGCCUUGGUGGCCGCGGCCGCCGCCUCAGUGCGCCAGAGCCCAGGGCCGGCCCUAGCGCGCCUGGAGGGCCGGGAAUUCGAGUUUCUGAUGCGACAGCCCAGCGUCACCAUCGGCCGCAACUCGUCGCAGGGCUCGGUGGACCUGAGCAUGGGCCUGUCGAGCUUCAUCUCCCGGCGCCACCUGCAGCUCAGCUUCCAGGAACCUCACUUCUAUCUGCGUUGCCUCGGCAAGAACGGUGUCUUCGUGGACGAGGCCUUCCAGAGGCGGGGAGCACCAGCCCUUCAGCUGCCCCAACAAUGCACCUUCCGAUUCCCCAGCACGGCCAUCAAGAUCCAGUUCACAUCCCUGUACCAUAAGGAGGAGGCCCCAGCAUCCGCCCUGCGGCCACUCUACCCUCAGAUCUCUCCAUUGAAGAUCCACAUUCCGGAGCCGGACCUCCGGAGCCUCGUCAGCCCCAUCCCUUCCCCAACUGGCACCAUCAGCGUCCCCAACUCCUGUCCAGCCAGUCCUCGAGGAGCUGGGUCAUCCAGUUACCGCUUCGUCCAGAACGUGACAUCAGACCUUCAGCUGGCCGCGGAGUUUGCAGCAAAGGCCGCCUCUGAGCAGCAAGCAGACACGUCUGGCGGGGACAGCCCGAAGGACGAGUCGAAGCCUCCGUACUCCUAUGCACAGCUGAUCGUGCAAGCCAUCUCCUCGGCACAGGACAGGCAGCUAACACUAAGUGGCAUCUACGCCCACAUCACCAAACAUUACCCCUACUACAGGACUGCCGAUAAGGGCUGGCAGAACUCUAUCCGACACAACCUCUCUCUUAACCGUUACUUUAUCAAAGUCCCUCGAUCCCAGGAGGAGCCUGGGAAGGGCUCCUUUUGGCGAAUAGACCCUGCCUCUGAAGCCAAACUCGUGGAACAAGCAUUCCGAAAGCGGAGACAGAGAGGCGUCUCCUGCUUCCGCACCCCCUUCGGACCACUGUCCUCACGGAGUGCUCCAGCUUCGCCCACCCACCCUGGACUGAUGUCCCCUCGUUCCAGUGGCCUGCAGACCCCAGAGUGCCUAUCUCGGGAGGGCUCCCCCAUUCCACAUGAUCCCGACUUAGGAUCAAAGUUAGCCUCUGUUCCAGAGUAUCGCUAUUCCCAGAGUGCCCCAGGCUCCCCUGUCAGUGCCCAGCCGGUGAUUAUGGCUGUCCCUCCCCGACCUUCCAACUUAGUGGCCAAGCCUGUCGCCUACAUGCCAGCUUCCAUAGUGACCUCACAGCAGCCCUCAGGCCACGCCAUCCAUGUGGUGCAGCAGGCCCCCACCGUCACCAUGGUGAGGGUGGUAACCACCUCCGCCAACUCAGCCAACGGGUACAUCCUCGCUAGCCAGGGCUCAGCUGGAGGCUCCCACGACACAGCAGGCACAGCCGUGUUGGACCUGGGCAAUGAGACGAGAGGUUUGGAAGAGAAACCCACCAUAGCAUUUGCCACAAUCCCUGCAGCCAGCCGAGUUAUCCAGACGGUCGCCAGCCAGAUGGCCCCCGGAGUCCCUGGACACACAGUCACCAUCCUACAGCCAGCUACACCAGUGACUAUCGGGCAGCACCAUCUUCCAGUCCGGGCUGUCACUCAGAACGGAAAGCAUGCUGUGCCCACGAAUAACUUAACUGGCAACGCUUAUGCCCUCACCAGCCCCCUGCAGCUCCUGGCAGCCCAGGCAAGUUCAUCCACGCCAGUGGUCAUCACCCGGGUAUGUGAGGUAGGGUCUGAGGAGCCAUCAGCAGCUGUCUCGGUGGCCACUAAUGCCACAUCAACCCCAGCAGCCUCCACCACCACGUCUGCCUCUUCCAGCGGGGAGCCUGAGAUCAAGAGGUCCCGGGUAGAGGAGCCCAGUGGGACAGCUACCACACAGCCCACAGCAAUGGCAGCCACUGGCCCCCAGGGCCCAGGGACCGGCGAGUGAAGCCACCUGCAGGAAGUUGGAGUGGGACUCAGGCCACAGGUGCCCAGGUGGCCAGCUGCUGCACUCGAGGACGGAGUAGAGAAGCUCACAGCUGCCUGCAGCGCGUGUGCCAUGAGGGUGGCCACCACACCUGGACAAUUUCCUUUUUAUCUCCUGUCCUCCCAUGGUUUGAAACAAAACACAUAAACACGUUCAGACAACUUGAUUGUAUGAAUCUGGGGAUUCUGUGUGUUUAUUUACUCCUCCCUCAUGCCAUCGCCUCUCCCCAGUUCUUGUGGGAGAAGGUCUAGCCCAGCUCCUCAGGAACCGAUUCCAGCCAGCACCCUCAAGAAGAAUGAGCCCCAGGACUGGACAGAAGUACAGUGUAAACCCAGGCUGCUCUCCUUGGGACCCACAGAUUUCCUGUUUGUAACUGAGCGGGAAUAGACCAGAGAACAGAGAACGGUAGUGAGAACAUCCCAGCCACAGACUGGGAUGCAGUCCUCACCCCAAAAGUGACAUAGGUUGCGGCAUUAAUUGUGGUCAAGAGGUCUGCUUUGGCUUUGGACCCUAAAAUAUUUCUUACAGUUAAACAUGGAAUUUGGGCUCAUCUCAAACCUGAGGCACACAGAGGGUUCACAUGUCUUUGGGGUUCCCUUUGGUAGCCAGUUGAGUAGCUGCAGGCACUCACCCACACCAUCCCUUGGUGAACACGCCGCUCUCCCCGAUAACUCCAAGAAGGAUCAGCGGCUCCCACAUUGAUGUUACAAAGUACUUUGGGUGGAAAAUCAGCCCAGGGCCAGUGCCCAUGGCAUCCGUUCCCACAGUACUGGCUUAGCCCAGAGCUGCAAGCUACAAUGGAUAUCCAGGAAAACCUGGGCGGCUUCAGGGGACAUCAGUCAGCCCCUUGCUCAGCAGGGAGGAUAUUGGUCUGUGCCAGUGGAAGACAGCGGGGGAUGCAUCCUGUUUCUGGCAGCUGGAGGCUCUGUGCAACGGUCUGCUCACACUGCCUUCCCCUCACACAUUCCAGUUUCCUGAGCACCCCAAGACGUGUCCAGUUUGCAAAUAGAACCCUCUCUUCUACCUGAAGCUGGGUGUCCCUGGCUGUUCUGGCUGUUAUCCACUGGGAAGGAAACUACCUCUCCGGACAGCAGUUGGUGCCAAGUUUGAUUACAGUGUGGCAAGAACCAAAGUAUGGGGUCAGCCGAGGACUGGGAUCCCCAGAGGUCCCUUUGCAUGCCUACACAAGCUACCAGCAGCACUUUCAACACAGCGAGUCACAGGAGUAGGAGCCAUUGAAUGUCUCACUCCAUCUGGGGAUGAAAGAUGGUUCUGCGGAAGCAGUAGCAGCAGCUGCAUGGCGGGACUUCAAGGCAGCCAGGAGCUCGGUGCUGGUCCUCCUGGAUGGUGGGCCAUAAGCAACAGCGACAACUUGGACAGAGAGCCCCAGAAAAGUCGGCCUGCCCUUGGCAUCAGACCUCCUGCUAGCCUCUUCCUCUGCCCGGGCCCGGUCAGAAGAGCAGAGAGAGCCCCGUGAGCAAAGAGCAGGCAACCCCAAGGAAGGAGGGGCCACAGCCGUACAAGCUGCCUUUGCUGGAAGGGAUGCCAGUCAGUGACCUGGAGGCUAUGGAGAGCAGGUGAUCAGGUUGGAUGCGUUGGGACUCCACCCUAUGGCUGCCACUAUUGAAGCUACCAGUCCCCGACACACACCAAGGACCAGUACAGAGCGCCUGCCUGGCCCUCUUGAGCUAUCUUCCAAGCUCCCCAGUCAUUUCUGUAGUACUAAACUUCAAGCUGGAAGUGAGCUAUGUUUUGUAGGCCUGUCUGUUGCCUGGGAGGUUUCCGAGAGGUGGGGCUGGGGUGGUAGUGACUGGGGGUGGGUUUUCCAGGUGGAGCUGCCCCUUGGAGUAGCAAGGGGCUUCUAUCCUACAUCUCUCUGUGCCUGGCAUGAACUUGUUCUCUCUGUGUGCCUGGUAUGAGCAUGUGGCUAGGGAAGCGGGAAUGAGCUGAGACCGCAAGGGACGUUAUUGCCACCUGCCAAUCUUCCCCUCUAUUACCGUUUACUCCAAGGCUGUGUGUGCAUGGUCACUCUGUAAGGUAGAUUAAGAUUAUUUGUGGAUUGUCAUGGCAGGCACUGUGUGCAGCCCCUGCAUGGAAUGUGGGUCACCAUCUGUCACAUCUGUCAUCAGGUCUCAGAAUGGCCCUGUCCAGUUUGCUCUCCUGGCUGCUGAACAUCAUGGUCUCCAUCCUCAGAGGAUCCUCUCACCAUUAACACAGGUGUGGAAGGAUGUGGAGGGAGAGAGUGGAGCACACACUAUCCCAGUGUCCUACAUGACCUUAAGGCAGAGGGUCCUAUGCCCCUGCUUGGGCAGCCUGAGCUAGAAAGGAGGAGGCUAGCCUGAUGUCAUUGCUCUGGAAGUGGAUUUGAUUAUCUACCAGGUAGCACCCGGCUUGUGCGAGCUUUUGCCCACUGCCAUUAACCCAGAAUAGCCAGUGCUCAGAGCGGGAAUCCACAGCCAGCUGGAACUUGCUCCCGUGAGCUCUGGGAAGCAAGAGCCUGGGUUAGGGCCAUGAUUGUCCACUGUAUAGAACAUGGCUGGCAACCCUGGAGGGCCCCACCAAGCUCCGGGGUUGAAGAACAGUUUGGGCACAGAUGUGAAGCCUGGUGACCUGUUCCUCAGGGCCCACAGUGGCUCCUGUCUCUGGCACAGCUUUAGCGAGCUUGCCUUGUUUUGGUGAGUGUUCCCUGGCAGAUCAGGUGCCUGGCUGUCCGCAUGUCCACUCUGUCUUCUGCCUCGUAUCUGGGACUCACAGAAUGCUACAAGCAUAGGAUGUCACCAUGGUGACUGGAAGCGAAGAGACCCUGCCUGAGAGCUUGCCUGCCUGCUUGCUCUCUCUGUUCCUCUCCCCUGCCUGAAAGCUUGGCUGCCUGCUCGCUCUCUGUUCCUCUACCCUGCCCGUCUCUCCUCCUUCCUCCUCUUUCUCUUUCCCGUUCUCCCGCCCCUUAUCUUCCCCCUUCUAUUCCUCUCUCUCCCUCCCUUCUUCUUGCCUUUUCUGUCUCCUCCCCUACCUUAGCUUGGCAUCCAGGGCAUGAUAAACAUGUCUGUCAACAGCUCCUGGAGCAUUGCCUUUGUGCAAGGCGGGGUAUCCGACUCAGACUCGGUGUCAAUGAGGAAGCCCACGAACCCUUCCCCUGCUUUCUACAUCCUUAUAAUCUAGAGAUCUCCCACCUCCGCCUCCUGUCCCACACCAGGCUUGCCAGGAUCUGAAGUAAUAGGUGUCACCCAUCUUUCCCCUUAAAGGGAAAAGCCCUUUCACAAUAAUCUGGGAGAGCUGGAAAUGGGCACAGCCAAGUGAUGGGGUCAGUGUCUUCCCCUUUGGGAAGUUUUGAUCAAAAACUUAGUUAAAUGCAAGGAAGAAACCUUUCCCAUGGAGAAGUGGUGGUGGGACGGAAUUUCCCGCUUUUCCUCAAAACCCUCCGAUUCCACAUUGCACCACGUGAUGUUGCCCACUCUGGGGUGCGCCCCUCCCCCCUUUGCUGACGAAGCCCCUUCCUGUCCAUCUGAAUAGCUCAGUGCUUGCUCUAGAGUAAGUGAGAAAGUGAGUGAGUCUCUAUUCUGGGGAAAGAUCCCUGUGUGGGAGCAUCACGUCCUGAUCACUAGUGGUAAAGUCACCACAAUGACGACAGGGUAGCCUCUUGUUUUGGCUCAGGGUGACAGGGCAGUUGUCGCUAGCACCUCACUUCCAGUCUCUCCAAAUACCUCUGCUUAGAAGCAAUAUUACAAAGGAUAAGUCAAGUUGUUCCAAAGAUGGCUGCUGCUGACCCCAGCUUCCCUCCAGAGCAGGGCCUCCAACACGCACUUUGACUUGGAGAAGGCAGGUGAGAGCUGGGAACCGACAAGGCCAAGGCCUCCUAAUUUCCACCUGCCACUUCAGUCCUGCUCCUGACUGAAUGUCCCCUUUCAUCUUGUGAGUCCCCUGCUCCAGGCCUUGAAUUCAGGGUGGCUCUUGCAUCGCCUGCUUGUUGAGUUCUGGGUUUUUGUUUUGUUUCGGUGCUGGAGAGUAAACUCAGGGCCUUGCACAUGCUAGGCAAGGGCUGUUCUACCACUGAGCCAGCUCAAAGCCCUUUUGAUUUUUUAAACUUGAGACAGGGUCUCAUGAAGCUGCCCAGGCCGGCCUUGAACUUGUAAUCCUCGUCUCAGCUUCCUGAAGUGCUUUAUGAAGUGCCACCAUGGCCUAGUGCUCCUUGUUUUUUGUUUUUUCUGUACCAAAGGCUGCUGCAUUGGUGACACAGCAGGUGUGGCCUAGAUGCCCACAGACUAGCACUAACACCCUCUUCCCACGGCCUGUGGUUUGAACAAUUUGGGAUUGUCCAAGGGACUGUCAUCUUCGGGUUACUACUUCCCUCUCCCUGCCCUCCCCAUCACUACCCCCGAAGUCACAGCUGCUUGGCAAAUGGAGUUCUGUGAACCAACCUCAGGCAUUUCCUUCAAAAUAAAACACAGACCCAUUUUACAUUUCACUGACUUUGUUUAGGGAAAAUAGUUUUCUACUUUUUUGUGUGUGUGGUUUUUUGAGACAGGGUUUCUCUGUGGCUUUGGAGCCUGUCCUAGAACUAGCUCUUGUAAACCAGGUUGGGCUCGAACUCACAGAGAUCCGCCUGCCUCUGCCUCCCGAGUGCUGGGAUUAAAGGCAUGCGCCACCACCGCCCUCUACAUGUGUUUAAAAAAUAAACAAAAGCAACUGGAGUGGUCCUGGCUGCCGCUCCGUCUGUCCCUCCACUCCUCUGUUUGCUGCUCUGAGCUUCCUUCUGGCAGGCUUUAGCUCCGCUGCUGCAGGGAACAGUCUAGAACUACCCUCCAGGUGGUCAGGGCAAAACACCGUGGCAGGACUGUCCCACAGAACAACUACAUGCCUUGUCCAGAGGCACCACCCGGGCGUGAGGCGGGACAGAGGGUCCUCUGAACUUCUUGGGGAGAGGAAGUGUCCACCCAGAGGGCAGCAUGGCAGAAGCUAGGCGGAGGUGAGCUGGCAGGACUGGAAGCUGAGGGCUGCCUCACCUCCGUCUUAACCCUCACAGCUAGUGCAGGCCAUGGUAAAGAGAGCAUGGAGAUCUCUCUCUCCAGGAGGAAACUUCACUCGGAGAGCUUUGCUCACCAUGAAAAGUGGUGUGUGUGUUUCUGUUCUUGGGCUCAACCACCAAACACAGGCUUCCUAGGACCCCCAGGGUCACCCUCUCACUUGUCCCAACCCCCACCUCAUGAGAGUUGAAGGAUUGAAAGAGCUUGCUGCUUUACCUCUGAAUCCUUGCUCCUUUGACUACUCACAAGGUGAAGGGGCAGUGUGGAGGAACCUGGGUCGCAGAAGCCGAGGAGAGGCUGGAGGGUGGCCAGUGGCCAGGCCUGGUCCAUGCCCCUGCAUUUGGAGCACUUGCCGCUGGCAGGAACCUCAGCACUGUCCCUAGGGCUGUGCUGAUCCUGCUAGAGUGAGCCCCAUGAUCCACUAAGUAUUCAUGUUCUCUGUCCUGUAUGUAUCCAAAUGACACCCUGGCUUCUUGAGUCUGAAUUGGCUGGUCUAGAACUUUUAUUUUUAAUUGGUAAAGUUGGGAAUUAAAAAAAAAUAAUCUAACAUUUUCAUUUUGGCCCCUCUCCCAUCUUCCCUUCAUAACAUCCUUUCUGGGGGCAUCUGGGAUCCCUGAUACCUUAGCUUGAUUCCUGGGCUGGGCAAAGGUGGUGGGGGCAGGAAGGAGAGACCCAAACUGUCUUCCAGGUCUCCCCUUGAAUUCUGCUGUGUCCUGGAGAGGGGAACAGCAGCUGUGCACGUGUGAGGGAGGGGCUAAAGCCAAUAGUGAGGUCGUUCUUUUUCUUAACUGAAUGAUAAUUCUGUAAAAGUAAUUGGGGGGGAGGGUGUUCAGGGAGUGUGUGUGUGUGUGUGUGUGUGUGUAUGCGUGCGCGCAUGUGUGGUUUUGUUUUGUUUUAUAGUGGCUGUCUAAAGUGUUUCCAUGAUAUGUUUAACACAUAGUGCUUUAAAAGCAGUGGUAUCCUAUGUGCUGGGAAUCCUAGUUUCAGAGAUGGGAUGUGCCCCACCUCAGUGGGUGAAGGUCUCACUCAGGAGGCAGGGGUAAUGGUUGGGAUCAGAAAGACCUGCGAACCCACAUCCCAAGCAGCACCACCUGGGCGUUCAUUUCAAAUGGGAUACAGUAUUUUUUUAUAACAGAACCAUCCUUUAAAAAAAGAAAGUUUGACACCUGAAUGUGAUUUCUAACUAUUAUUAGACAUUAAUGUUUUAAAGCUAUAACAGUGGAAAAUUUCUACUUCCUUUUUCAUCCAUUUGAACUGUUCUUUUAUCUAUUCAAUUGUUGUAUGUGGGUGGGGAAGCUCUGUAUUCUCCUCUUAGCGUUUGUUUCUAUAACCAGAAAUAAAAAUUAUAUAUUAAAGAUA